GGAGAGGGCCACCCACCCCACCCACGGCGGUUGGUCUGAACGACAGCAGAGAGGGAGACGUCUUGGCAGAAGGAGUUUCGAUAAUCAAUUCUUGAAGCAAACGACGACGUCCACAUCGACUUACUGACUUGUAUUCACUCGUUCGUUGCUGUUCCCUGUUGCUUCAGAUCUCUGCUUUCCUUGCUCUGUUUCGGGAUCUUGUGUUAUAUAUCUCGUGUUUGUGUCUGUGUUGGGGGCACGGUGGCUGCUCGACUGUUGUUCGGCUAAUUGAUCCAUGAGAUUGUUGUAGAUUUGUGAGUUUGGUUGUUUGAUUUUUCGAUUUUGCUCGGUCGUUGCGGCAAUGGCGGUGGAUUCUGGGCCUGUGACGCCAGGACAGGUGUCUUUUAUGCUUGGAAUCAUCCCAAUUUUUGUUGCAUGGAUGUACUCUGAGUGGUUGGAGUUUAAGAAGUCAUCGUCCCUAUCAAAAGUUCAUUCAGAUAAUAACUUGGCUGAAUUGGAUAGUGAAGCAGUCCCAGAAGAUGAACGAACGGUCUUGAUGGAAGGAGGCCUAUCUAAAUCAACAUCAGCAAAGCUAACUAGCCCCUCAGUUAAAACAAACUUAAUUAGGUUUCUAACCAUGGAGGAUGCAUUUUUACUUGAAAACAGACAAAUUUUAAGGACAUUGGCUGAAUUUGGUGGAAUUUUAUUUUACUUUUACGUAUGUGACCGGACCAAUUUUUUUGCAGAUUCAACAAAGAGCUACAAUCGCGAUCUCUUUCUAUUUUUGUACAUACUUCUCAUCAUAGCUUCAGCAAUGACAUCUCUUAAGAAACACCAUGAUAAGUCAGCAUUCUCUGGGAAAGCAAUUCUCUACCUCAAUCGUCAUCAGACUGAAGAGUGGAAAGGAUGGAUGCAGGUUUUGUUUCUGAUGUACCAUUACUUUGCCGCGACGGAGAUAUACAAUGCGAUUCGUGUUUUUAUUGCUGCAUAUGUAUGGAUGACUGGGUUCGGAAACUUCUCGUAUUAUUAUAUUCGCAAGGAUUUUAGCCUUGCUCGAUUUGCUCAGAUGAUGUGGAGGCUCAACUUCUUUGUGGCAUUCUGUUGUAUUGUGUUAAACAACGACUAUAUGCUAUAUUACAUCUGCCCAAUGCAUACACUCUUCACUCUUAUGGUGUACGGUGCCCUAGGCAUUGGCUACCACUAUAAUGAGAUAAGAUCGGUUAUCAUUCUGAAGAUUUUAAUAUGCUUUCUUGUGGUUAUCUUUGUAUGGGAAAUUCCUGGAGUUUUCGAGAUCUUGUGGAGCCCUCUGACUUUUAUUUUAGGAUAUACGGACCCUGCAAAACCAGAUCUUCCUCGUCUCCAUGAGUGGCAUUUUAGGUCUGGGCUUGAUCGUUACAUAUGGAUUGUUGGCAUGAUCUAUGCCUAUUUCCAUCCAAAUGUUGAAAGAUGGAUGGAGAAAUUGGAGGAGGCUGAUGCCAAACAAAGACGAACAAUCAAGACAACAAUUGUUUCUGUAGCUGUUGCGGUUGGUUACUUGUGGUAUGAAUACAUUUACAAGCUCGACAAGGUUGAAUAUAACAAGCUCCACCCAUAUACAUCAUGGAUUCCUAUAACCGUCUAUAUAUGUUUGCGGAAUUGCUCCCAGCAGCUUCGGAACUUCUCCUUGACCCUCUUUGCGUGGCUUGGAAAAAUUACGUUGGAGACGUAUAUAUCGCAAUUUCACAUCUGGCUGAGAUCAAAUGUGCCCAAUGGACAACCCAAAUGGCUUCUCUCAUUUAUCCCGGAUUAUCCUAUGCUUAAUUUUAUGCUAACGACUGCUGUUUACGUUUUGAUAUCAUAUCGGCUCUUUGAACUCACCAACACGCUCAAGACAUGUUUUAUUCCCACAAGGGAUAAUCGAAGGCUAUUUUAUAAUUUUGUCGCUGGAGCUGUCAUUUCAGUGUGUUUAUAUUGCAUUGCAUUCAUCCUUGUUCAGAUCUCCCGUUAACGUGUGUGCGCUGACCUCUGCAUCGCUCGUUCAAGCUGCGAAGGCAAAGCCACAAGAAACUAUUCGGACAUAGCAAAGUGAAGCGAGACGUACAGGAAAACAACAUUCGGGGACCUGGAAGUUCUUGUCCCCGAUAUAUAUAUAUAUAUAUAUAGUUACCGUGGCUGUUACAUUCCCAGCAAUUUUGUAUAUCUUCGUCCCGUCUCUUGUACUAUGGAUUUUAGGCGCGUAGCGAUCUUUUUCACUUGCAAGAUUCACCAGGUUAAACAGAAAUGAGCAACUCUUGUAACUGUAUGUUGCCACGGCUAUAUUUGAUAUUCUUCAUUUUUUA